AUGACGCCUGAAGAUGUUGUGUUGCAGUUGAAACGCAAGGGCACCUUUGACAGUCUACGUAAACGCCUCUUGUCAGAGUUUCAAUCUGCGCCUACCGGCCAGAGUUUUCUUGAAAAUACAAAUGGAUUCAUGGAAGAUAUCGUGAAAAAAGAUGAUUCCUUACUAGACAAAGACCGCACCUCGUUUUACGAGCAUGUAACAACUGAACUAGAGAGAGCCAAAUUUUACGAUAGUAUCCGGGAAGAGAUCCUUGAGACAUUACUCAAAGAUGAGUACUACCAAAAACAAGUAGACGACGCCAUUGAAAAUGUUAUGAGUGAGAUGAAACCUACUAGUAGCACUGUGACCGAGACGCAAAUACGUUCUGGAAAGGAGGACACGAAAUCUUGA